AUGUCUCGCUGCCUCCGUCGAUGCCGCCGGUUCCACAUCGUGCGUGGUAUCCUCGCCACACUCAAAUCAACUAGCGGAUGUGGCUCCGCCGCUGGCGGCCACCACCGAGAGGAUCACUCCAUGGCCGAUACCGCUGCACCAACCGACGACGAGCCCUCCGUCAAGGUGGUGGUGAGGGUGCGGCCAAUGGUGAGCCGGCCGGUGGACGGCAAGGAUCUGUGGUUCAUCCACAGGACCGCCCCAGACUCAGUCACCGUUCGCGGUGGAUGGCGUCCUCAACGACAGGGCCUUUCAGAUAGCUUCUCCGAUUAUUUGGGUUCUCCGCCGCGACCUCGUGGGCUCCGUCGCCGCCGCGCGAGUGUGGGCACGAGCUCCGCCGCGGCCUUGCCCUCUCCUUUCUGGCCGCCGGCGAGCCCCAGGAGAGAGGUAGACCUGCUGCGAGAGGAAGAAGCAGGCUGUGAUGCUAGGAGACAGGCACAUGAACAUGGUUUACAGUUGAAGCUAAAAAAAUCCUCAGAGCUUGCUAAACCAGAUAAAAUACUUGCUGGUGUACGGAUUGAUCCAAGUUCUAAUACAAGGAGUCGAAUGUUGACAGUACGUACUCUGGAGGUUGGCAUUCAACUGCGCUACCCUAAGAGGGAGAGCUGUUUUAAACCUGUUACUCUCUUCUGUGGAAGCCGUGAGGUGAUAAUUCUGCUCGAUUCUGGUAAAGCUGUUGUAAACCUGUUACUCUCUCUUCUUCUCCUUGAGAAAUCGAAAUCCUGCAAGCUUUUGUUAGCAGAACUCAACCUGAUUGCAGAAUUUCAUAUUCAUCAGAUGAACUGA